AUGGCACCACAUGGUCCCAGUGGCAUAGAGAUGACAAACCUACGAUCUCGCAGCCCGUCGUUGGACGUUGACGAACCCCCACAGACGAGGCCCGUUGCACACGCCCCUCUGCUCGGGACUUAUGAUGUGUUUAGUCUGAUCGUCAACAAGAUGAUUGGCACGGGCAUAUACACCAACGUGUCGACGGUGCUCGUACUCACCGGCGACAAGGGCCUUACUAUGACGCUGUGGGCGAUAGGCUCGAUCUACACGUUGAUCAGCAUGUUGAUAUACUUGGAAUGUUCCACUGUCAUGCCGUACAAUGGGGGAGAACUUGUAUACCUCGAUGAACUGACUUCGGGCCGCGGGCGCUCAUGGAUCAGACGAUUUCUGGGAGACGGCUUGUAUGCAUACGUACAGUAUGCGUUCUUAUUCGUGGCUUUCUUCAACUCGGCCACAAACUGCCUGCAGAUCGGGCGGUUGGUGCUAUUCGCUCGCAAUCCGCAAGAGGAUCCCGAUCGCGAUUUUCUGCGGGUGAUUGCAUUCCUGGUCCUCCUCAUUCUGUGUCUUCUACAAUACUUCUCCCCCCAGUCAGGUCGCGUGCUCAACCAAAUUUUGGCGGCCGUCAAGAUCCUGCUGCUGCUGGUCGUGCUCUGUGCUGGGUGGCACGCGAUCCGGGUCGGGACGUAUCUGGGGGCAGGAUUCCAAGAAUGUGGACCGCCAGAAGCAACCAUGUCCAAGAUCCAGGUGGCCAAAGCAUUCCUCCUCGUGAUAUUCUCGUAUGAAGGAUGGGAGAAUGCCACUUUUGUCGCCGGCGAAAUCGACCCACAGAGCCCUGUGACGCUGCGCAAAGGGUUCAUCUUUGCCGUCACGGUCGUCAGCAUCUUGUACAUUGCCUUGGUCGCGACCUUUCUCAAGGCUAUUCCAUUCGUUCCUGUGGCGAUCAACUACACGCCGAUGCUUUUCGGUAAUAACGAGGCGUCAUACAAGGCAUGGUCCGUUUUCAUUGCGAUAUCUUCUCUCGGAAGCCUCAACUCAAUCAUCUACACCUUCUCACGCAUCAAGCAAAGCAUUGGGUCGGGCAAUGUUUUCCCGUGGUCGCAUUUCUGGAAGAGUGACUCGCCCUCUUCACGUCAUGUGGAAGCACUGGACCAGUAUCUCGCACCCAGAGGCGGACUCGCGCUCCACGGGAUCAUGACGACGGUCCUCAUUGCCGCAUCUGCGUCUAUCAAAACUGUGCUGGAGUCGGUCAGUAUGGCUGGACUGCUCCAGACUUAUGCGCACUGCGUCAUCCUGACCAUCAUGGGCUUUGCGGUCCUCAGGCUUCCAUCAAGGACCAGGUACCUCGAGGAAGUCAAUGGAGGAGACCAUCACAGCGAGACGGAAGUGGAUGGGCGGGGCGAAAGCCACGGGUGGGAAUGGGAUCUGAAGUUGAGGAACUGUCGGGGAUGGUGGCGAUAUGUGCCGGCGUUCUUCUGCGUUGCGUAUGGAUUGGCGAAUCUGUGGGUUAUCAUCCUCAGCGUGAUCCCUCCAUACCGGGACCAAGAUGGAUUUCCUACCCAAGGCACAUGGAGCAACUCGACCGACGGCAGGACCUUGACGUGCACGGACUCGGGGUCCAGCGUCAGCCUGACAUUCCCUUAUCCGGUUGCUCUGGACAAAGAGGAUGCCCUGCAAGGCUGGGUCCUUCCGGCGGCGACGUUUGGGGUCAUGCUUGUGGGCACUUGUUACUAUCUGGCCGUGUUUGGCUCAAGCCUGGAGCCGCGGUUCUGGCGGUGGUGCUUGACCCAGUAUGCGGGUGUGCGGCCGACCAUCAGCAAGUGGGAAGGGUACGACUGGCGACUGGAACAGGUUCGGCGGUUUGGGAGGCGACGCGACAUUGCGUUCGACCGGAGAGACGAGCGGGCGCAGGUGGGAAUGCUGUACUGGCUCGGUGGGGGGACGAGUCUGUUUGUGAAUAACAGUGGGAACCACCCAGUGGAACGAUGGCAUGAUUUCAGGCACGGAUGGGGGGAUGCGUGGCAGGAAUUUCGAAAGGGGUGUCUGAGACGGAGGAGGCGCAGUGGUUGA